CUCCAUUUCCUACCACUCAAAACUUCUCACAAAUGUCUAUAGUCUCUAAGCUUCGCUCUCCGGUUAAACCAAUGGUUGAGUCACGAGCCAUCCUCGGUUCAACCGGGAACAGAUUUAAGGUUACGAAAACAGAAAUGACAAAGAAACCACAACAGAAUCCACGAGUGACGAAAUCUCCGGCGACGGAGAAGCCGGAUUCGAAUUUCUCAGCCUCGACUGAUGAUACCUCUUCUUCUUCGUCAUCCUCGGAACGUUCCUCGGUGAAGACAACAAACUCUGGGAAAAUAACUCCGUCGAAACGGAACGGAGUUACGAAGCUCAAUAAUGUCGUGGUCUCCGUCGCCGCCGUUGAAGACAUUAAUCCUAAAAUUCCGGGACCGGUCAAGAGAUGCCACUGGAUCACACCUAAUUCAGACCCGAUCUACGUGUUGUUCCAUGACGAGGAAUGGGGUGUUCCAGUUCGUGACGACAAGAAACUCUUCGAGCUGCUUGUCUUCUCACAAGCAUUGGCUGAGUUUAGCUGGCCUUCAAUCCUACAUAAAAGAGACGACUUUAGGAAGCUCUUUGAAGAGUUUGAUCCUUCAGCUAUAGCACAAUUCACAGAGAAGAGGUUAAUGGCUCUUAGAGUAAAUGGGUGUCUAAUUCUAUCCGAACAGAAACUGCGAGCAAUUGUAGAGAACGCCAAAUCGGUUCUUAAGGUCAAGCAAGAAUUUGGAUCAUUUAGCAACUAUUGUUGGAGAUUCGUGAACCACAAGCCAUUAAGAAAUGGCUAUCGAUAUGGUCGUCAAGUACCGGUUAAGUCCCCAAAGGCAGAGUACAUUAGCAAAGAUAUGAUGCAGAGAGGGUUUCGCUGCGUUGGUCCUACAGUUAUUUAUUCCUUCUUGCAGGCCUCUGGCAUUGUGAAUGAUCAUCUCACAGCUUGCUACCGGUACCAAGAAUGUAAUAUUGCGAGUGAGAAAGAACCAAAAAGCCCUAAGACUGAAACCAAACUGGUUCUGCAUUCUCCAUUACUUGUUUGAUCAGCAGCAUGGAUUGGAUUAUUAUGAAGAUGAUGAUGACAAGUGUUUUUAUUCAUUAUGGAAAGUAGCAUUUGUAGCUAGGUGUUUCCACUUGGUUGUGCUUUUCUUCUAGCUAGCUUUGUCUAACUAGAUAUUUGAUGAUAUGGGUUAAUGUUUGACCAAAAGAUUGAUUGCAGGGAAAUAAAGAAUUUAACAUUUU